AUGACAAUCGUGACAAAACGAUGGAAAAAUACCGCGAAUGACAUAAAUCUCAAUGUAUAUAAACGAUUUUAUCUUCGCCGUCAUCGUUUGUUACUGGAACUGAUCAACGUUUACUUCUUUUAUUGUGCAAAAGUGCGUGAACCUAUGCUCAUCCUGUGUUUGUUGAUCACGUGCUUGAUCCACGUGAAUGCAUACGAAAAAAAUGAGAUUCGAAAUGUUAAAGAUUACAUUCUUGAUACCGGAUUACACAAGAUACCAGUCGAACGUCGUAUAUUCAACAUUAAAAAGAAUGGCAUUAAAAUCGACUUAAAAAUCGUUCCAGCGGCCAGGAAUGACUCGAUAAAAAAUAAUAAAGAUGAUUACUUUCCGGAGUUUCCCGUCAGGGACAUAGGCAAAUGCAUCAUUGAAUUUUCGCUCGGUUGCAUCAAGAAACGUUUCAUCCGUUUCUUAGAAACAGUAGGUCGCCUCGAUGAAAUCACAUUACUUGGGCAAGAUGUGAAGUUGGUGAAGAGCAGAAUAGCACAUAGAUCCGAUGCUCGAUCUAUGAAUGACUCGGACGUCAGUAUCGAGCGCAGCAUAGAUGAUUUCUUCGAUUCCUUUACUCUGCGUAUCACGCUACCUAGAUGGAACAGCAAACGAGAAAGGAAUCAGAUUGACGUGAUGUUUGACGAGACAGCAGAAGGACGAGGAAAGAUGAAAGGCGGAUGCGGUGGAGGCAAAGGUGGAAAAUGCAAGAUGAUGAUGAUGGGCAUGAUGAUGAUGCUUAAAAUGAAACUCAUAGCAUUGGCGUCGCUCAAAAGUAUGAUGAUGGGUGGAAUGUCUCUAAUGGUUUCAAUGAUGAUGUUGAGUAGCAAAUUUGGGAAAGGCGGCGGUGGCGGUGGCCCUUGGAAAGGAGGAGGCGGAGGAGACUACAAAGAGAUAGUACUCCUUACAAAAUCUUCGGGCGGUGGUGGUCAUGGCGGUGGCGGUGGCGGACCUAGCGAUAGUUAUGGUGCACCUCCACCAAGUAGUUAUGGCCCACCUUCAGGAGGCGGCGGCGGUUAUGGCGGGGGAGGAUGGGGUCGCAGUUUCCACAAAUGGCCAAUGAAAUACGAUAAAGAGACUAAGGCAGAAAUUGCGGAUGGAUCUAAUCGCAUUCCGAUGACAGGAGAAGUUAUCUCGAAUGCAGAAAAUAUUGAUUAUCUGGAUUAUCAAGAUUAUCAAGAACCAUCACCAAUUAUAAACUCUAGUACUGUAAUUUCUAAUUGGAACACGUCAAACUACAGAGCCUUCGACCAAUACGGGGCCACUAACGUAAAUACCGGUUCGGCGAAGAAUAAUUUGAAGUCAGAAGCGACAGUGAAUGCGAAAGGAAGAAGUUUCAUAUUCAACGAGAAUCCACCUAUCAGUAUUGUAAAUGUAGCUGAAAAGAAUGUUGAUUCAAUGAUAACCACGGAUCAACCUGAUCUUACUCAAGAGUUUACAACUAAUGCAAUGUAUAUGGAUGAGUGGCAGGCUACAGCUGAAAAAACAAGUUCUAAUAACGUAUUAUCAACGAAUGCAGAAAUUAAAUUACAGAAAACUGAAUUGCGGUCUAAGGAUAUACCUUUGUUACGUGAAAUUUAG